AUGUCUACUCCCGUGCUCUCAGAGCUUCAAAAGUUCCUCAAGCCUAUUGUCGACUUCGCCGAGUCAACCGAUGACUCUGACGAGUCGAGCGAUGAGGAUGGAGGCAACGUGCGCUUCGGCCACAUCCAGAUACCUCCUUACCGUCUUGGUAAGGUGAGUCUGUUGGAGUCAGUGCGACAGAUAUCCAUGAAAGCGAAUCGCUUCAACGCUGAAAUGAUAUUUGUUGUUUCUGCUAGAGAAAAGGAGUUGGGGAUCGGAGUGAAGGAUGACGGCAAGGUCACUCCCGUGAUAUUGACGUUUUCUGAGCUCAUCGAUGCCCUCAGAGCCUCCAAGAAGGGUGCGAGAAAUGGCCAAUGGGUCACUGCACCAAAACCGCCCUGGAAAAAGGGUCAAGCACUCCCGAUCGAAGUUGUUUUGGUCAUUUGCCUCGACCCUCUCAUGCCCGCAGAUUGCGCUUUGUGUCUGCUAGGCGCAGUGAGGUGGGCAAUUGAUCAAGCCUCCAGCUGGGAUCAAACCGACAUUCGUGUCCUGACUUUGUCAGCUGAGAAGGAGUUCAACUUCCUUUCUGAGGUUGUGUCUUUCCUAGCGCCCGACAAGCAGGUAGCGAGUGUUGAUCUAUCUGUCCGUGGCCCGCAAGACGGAACCUCAGGGUCUUGGAUCAUUGUGCAGCCUGGUCCCGGUGGCUAUGCUGGCCGUAUAUUGGAGAAGCUUCGAGCAGGAACAGACUGUCGACGUCUCAUCCUUUCAUUCGAUGAGAGGUUGCGUGAGCAGUUCGAACAACAGAUGAGAGACACCGAGAAACCAACGGUAGAGUUCCGUACAGUCGAGGCUACUGUCAGUGUCGAUCCUCUUCUUCACCUCGAGCGCUCGGAACAGGGACCGAAGAUUCUCUUCAUAACCUUCCAGGGCGAGGUGCCGUUCCUUCCACUGCAAAUCCAAAACUUUGAUGAGCUUUACCUGGUCUUGGGUACCAGUGGAAUAUUUAAGAAAGCCUGGGAUGAAAUCAGUCGCCAGGUCAUUAACCUAGCUCACUGGGCUUCAAUGGGGGACCGCCGUCUCCAGUCCUGGUGGGCUAGUCAGCCAUCGAUCCCGACGAGGAUCGUCUACACCGCUGGCGUGCCGCUGGAACAAUUCCUACAGGGAGGAGGAUCUCGGCUCCGUCUAGUUGAAAAUGCCCAGCUUGGCGGAUUCAUCGCGUCACUAGCUGACAUUGCCUCUUGGGGCAUUGAUCCUGGCGCGGCACUUGAUUGCUUUGUUCGUCAGUCUCAGAGGGCUCAGGAGAUGUCGCUCAGACUUCAUACUCAGCGUCUGAUCACAGAGUCCGGACUGGAUCUGGCAGAUAAAGAGGCAGAGGUCUUUAGAGCGGUUGUCUCUCUGUUGGGGUAUGACCAUCGCCUAGCCCUGUUCGUAGCCCUUAACUGUAGACCCGAGGUUCGUCGAGUCAAGGUGCAACUUGCUGCUAUGCUAAAGUAUAGUACGAAUCAGGUGGUCUUGAUACAUGAGAGUGUAUUCAAUGACAGAAAAAAGUACAACACCGUUCUUCGUGGCUGUCAUGGUCUUGGUAGCUCAAUGGCUCGGCAAGGAACCAUGUGGCUGAAUCUUGGCCUAUUGAAGCGCCAUCAAAAAAUGGUCGAACAGCAGAAUGAAGACGGUGCACCCGAGGAUACUCUUUCAGACCUUGUGAGAGUUUUUCCGGACAAAGUAUCGCUCAUUGGCACAGAGAUUGGCGAGAUUUUGGAUCGCCUCGUCAAGCUCGGUGUCAGUGUUGAUAAUACCGUGUCUGUGGCACAAGAGACGAACCAAUUGAGCUCAGAGGCAAUGGAGGAGAUAUCCGAUCACCUUGUCAGUGCUUUUACUCAUAAUCUCGUCGUCACUGAGAACUUUAGUCCAGAUGAGCAGGAUGCCCCCCGUCUUUCCCAUAAGGUCAUGUCUACUUGGUUAGGCUUGACACAGGCUGGACGGGCACGGCUCAUCAACAUCAACUCCUACUUGAAGAAAGAAAAGGCUUGUGGGUUCGGCAUCUCUUGCGACUUUGACAGGAAUAAGGAGGGACACCACUUUUUUAAUGAUUGGACAUACAUCCCAGGCAUUACUGUUGCCAAAUGGCGAUCCCAAUUCGAGUCGGAUGUGACAUUUUACGAAAUCCUCAACACAGAUGUUGAGCGGGAAGGGAAUGUUUAG